AUGAUCGGCAGGGACCGUGGUUGCUACUGCCUUGUCUCGGGUCGGUGGAUGCCCAUGCCGAAGGUGCAGCCAGACAUUUACAUCUCCAACGCUGGGACGCAUGGCCCGAACCCAGACCGUUUCUUUGCGGCAGUGAAGUACAUCAUGGAGUACCAGCCUCGAGUGGUAAUUUUGGAAGACCUCGUGGCCGCCUGCAGACAGGACCCGCAGGGGAAUCUUCCAGCAGAUUCUAUCCUGGCUCUUCUUGAACAAGCCGGAGAUUAUGAGGUAGAUGCCUUCCAGGUAUUGGCCUCGCACUACGGGCUGCCCCAGCGGAGACAACGAGUUUACUAUGUCAUGGUCGGUCGACAAUUUCUUCAUCCUGCCAGAAGAUCUGAGAGUGCUCGAGAGGCCUACCUCGAGCGAGUCAGAGAUGGCCUUGAGCAGCUACAUGUCCACGUGGCCAGCACCAGCCCAAGCCUGGACGCGGAAGACCUCCUCAGCGAGGGCGACCCACCUGGACCAGCUCUCUGCUGCCGAUUGAAUUCAGAUGCAAGCGACGCAAGUGCUGGGACUUCAUCGACCGAUGACGAGACGUCGAAAGGGAUCGAGUCGCUUCUAGCAAUGAGCGCAGAUGCCAGCUAUUUACACAGACGACUUCGGCACGAGCUUCGACUCCCGGCCGACGAUCGUACCUACUUCUCUGAAGCAGGCCCACAGCUGGCCAAGUGGCUUCGCACGUAUCGGGAGGCGGACCUUUGUCAGAUUCACUGGCUUCGCGCCCGGAGCCAGGGGCGCGAGAUACGUUUCGUCUCCAUCUCUCAGGAUGCGCACCGAGCAUCCCUGAGCUUCACGGGAGAGAUUCCUCCACUGGCUGCCAAUACCAGGCUUUGGUCCUACAGGCUGCAGCGCGUACUCCGCGGGCAGGAGAUGAUGGUGCUUCAAGGCUUCAAGCCGCAGCAUUGGCGCUUGGGAUCCCUCUCCGAGUCGACAGUCAGCCGCAUUGCGGGUAGCGCAAUGAGUGUCCACAUGAUUGCAGCCAUUCUCGCUUCCGUGUUGGCCAGUGUCGACCUCAAGGCUCCAGUGGAGGAGGCACGCCGGCGCACCAUCAGCCUCGCCGAGCUGCGAAGCAG